CUCUCUGUAGAGGAGCUGAGUGCGGCGCCUGCUCUCUGCGAGGAGCGGAGAGCGGCCGCGUUGCAGCGCCUCCACUCCCUGGAGGAGCGACUCCAGAACGCCGAGCGGGACCGGCGCCACGAGCAGGAGGGGGCCUCUAGCGCCCUCGAGUUGGCACGGGGGACAGCCCAGAAGCUAGCGGGGAUCGCCAGGGAGGCACAGCAGGCGCGUGUCUCCGAGUGCCAGCGCCACGUGACGGAGCUCCAGGAGAUGCUGCGUGCCCGCCAGGAGGCGCUGGGGGAGGCGGCGCGGGCGCUGGAACAGCUGCGGGCGCAGCGCGGCGCUGCCGCUCUCACCCUGACAGAGCGCGGGCACGCAGUGGGGCGACACCAGCGGGACGCCCUGGACAACGCAGCCAAGGUGGAUCGUCUGCUCAAAGAGAAUGCGUGGAUCUCCACAGAGCGCGCUCUAUUUGGCCGCCCCAACACGGCGUACGACUUCGCCGCCAGCGACCCAAGCGAUGCUGCCCGGAAGCUAUCGCGCCUGGAGCAGACACGCCGGCGGAUGGUGCACACCGUUAACGAGAGGGCCAUGAACCUGCUGGCCCAGUCCGAGGAGAAGUACGUGGACCUGAUGAGGAAGAAGCGGAUCGUGGAGAACGACAAAACCAAGAUCUUCAGCGCCAUGCAGGAGCUGGAUCUCAAGAAGAAUGAGGCUCUUAACCUGGCCUGGAGACAGGUGAAUGGAGACUUCAGCUCCAUAUUCUCCACGCUGCUGCCUGGCUCCCAGGCGCGUCUCACUCCCGUGGAGUCCUCUUCCUCCACCUCCUCCACCUCCUCCACCUCCUCGCUGCUCCAAGGCUUGGAGUUUCGUGUGGCUCUGGGCUCCGUGUGGAAGGAAAAUCUGAGCGAGCUGAGCGGAGGCCAGAGGUCACUGGUGGCCCUAUCCCUGAUCCUGGCCAUGCUGCUCUUCAAGCCGGCUCCGAUUUACAUCCUGGACGAGGUGGACGCCGCCCUGGACCUCUCCCACACCCAGAACAUCGGACACAUGCUGCGCACUCACUUCCUCACCUCGCAGUUCGUGGUGGUCUCUCUCAAGGAUGGGAUGUUCAACAACGCCAACGUGCUCUUCAAGACGCGCUUCGUAGAGGGCGUUUCAACGGUGACGCGGCAUACCAACGCCACCACCACCUCUCGACCAGCAGCCGCCUCCUCGUCCUCUACGAAGGGAAGGGGAGAGGCAGAGGAGAAAAAG